AUGGUUUUGUUCGGAUCCAGUUUGAGCCCAAUCCGAUCCAGGCCCAAAACGACAAUCUAUAACUGUAUAACAGCCGUCGUCCUCCGUGUCGUCCUGAACUGGAAACUCGCCGGCGAUACGACGAUGAAGAUGAGAAAGGGAGUGUUGCUGGUCUUGUUUACUCUCUGCUUCGUACUCUCUCUCUUUGCGCCCUCUCACUCCGGUUUUCAGUCCGAUGAGCUUCUCGUAGACGACGACGAGGUCGGCUUACCUCAAACUCAGUCUCAGCAGAGCUCUUCGGUUCCCAAAUCAGAUCAGACUACUGUCACAACUCCCUCGCCAACUCCUCGGAGGAAGUUCUCCGAUUCUGAUUCCGACUCCAAGAUCCAAUUCACCCUUGAGCAUGCCUUUGGUGACUCUGAUUUCGCCCCCGCCGGCACCUUCUCCGCUCGACUCAAAACAUCCGCUCACGGAGGCCAGACACUCACAAAGCUGCGGUUCUCCCGGAAUGCUCUCACAGAUGCUGAGAAAGAGAACUUCAAGAAUUUGGUAGAUGGUGAUGAUUUCUACAAGAUAAGGCUGCCAUCUAAUGUAUUGAGUCCUCCCGGAAAGGAUUUUGUAGUCACAUCUGUGAGAGCAAGAUGUCUUCCGAGAGAGACUUUGGAUGAGCACUUUGUGAUACACACGGAUGGUGUUAACAUCUUGGGUGUCAACUAUGGUGCCCCAGCACCAUGCUCUUAUCCUCGUCCAGCAAAACUUCCUUCAAAGUGGUCAUUCAACUCAUACACAAUUCUGAAGAAUACUGAGCAGGCACCAAGGACUCCGCUUUUCAUUCAGGAUGUGUUGAAGAACGGGGAAGAGGGCGAAGGUGAAGUGGUUGCACCACCAGAAAGGUCCUUCUGGGCUAAAUACUGGAUGUACGUGAUACCUUUGGGUCUCAUAGUGGUGAACGCCGUAACCCAAGCCAUGAACAUGCCCGAGGAGCAAGCCUCCGGGCAGCCAGGUGGAGCGCCUGCAGCACCCGGAGCUGUGCAGCGUGCUCCAAGUUCUGCUGCCAGAAGAAGAUAGAAAGUCUGUGUUUCACGGCAGGAGACAGCAGUCCUCCCCGAGCCUUGUCCAAGCGAUCUUUAACGUUCAUACUCUCGCAUCCACAUUACGAUCCAACUCUCGUGGUUGCCCAUUUCCUAGGAUACUCUGGUUUUGUAAAUGUUCUUGAACCCACUACACUGUUAUUAGAAUUCGGUAUGAAGCUGCUUUGUCAGUUCGCCUGGGAAAAUUUCCUGACUGUUAAGGUUUUAAGAUUAUAGAUUUUGGUUCGGUUGCCAUAUCUGAUAUCUCUCAAGGUCUCCGGAUGCAUUUCCAAAAAAAAACAGCCAUUUAAAAUAGGUGUUCGAUCGUCAAAACUUUUCUCCGGCGACUGUUUAACAGUUUAACGGCCGGCAAUCUAACUGUAGUAACAGAAGGUGGCCUCUCGUGCAAGAAAAGAAACUCCGUCAUUUCCUUUUUGUUUUUUUAUUUGCUUAUUACUUUCCCGUUAAGCCCCUCAGACCUCUAAAACCCUACAUUCAGCCUCCAACCUUUCAUUUCAUUUGAGCAGGUAGCGACGGCGACGGUGCCAAAACCCUUUCCUCCGCCGUGAUUCUCCGUCU